AUGCCUUCUCUGUGGAAACGGAUAACGUUCUCAGUGGCCUCGGUGCUCUGCGUCGGCUCGGUGGUCCUCCUGGUCGUGGCCCUGGCCACGGAGCGCUGGGUCACUGGGCGGAUCCUGUGUAAAACCGGGGUGGACAUAGUGAACGCGUCCAACCCGGAGCUGGAGCAGUUCGUCGGGGACAUUUACUACGGCUUGUUCCAGGGAGGGAAGAGCAAGAGGUGCGGGCUCGGGAGGAGGCGAACCAAAAUAUUCAUUUUCCCAAAGCUCGUGCGAACAUUAAACAGCGGCCUUCACAUGAUGGUGAUCCUCUUUCUGCUGGUGGCCAUUGGCUUCGCUGUGGUCAGUCUGUCCUUCUGUAUUUACAACGCACGCAAGAUUCCCUACCAGAGCAUCAAGGGGCACAAAGGACUCUACCUGUGGAACUUAAUAGCAGCUCUUUUCGGUGCCCUGGGUGUUUUGUGUUUCCUGGCGGCCCUGAGACACCACCGUCUGACCGAUCGGGUGGCUAACCACCAGGAGAAGCUGUUCGUCCUGGUUGUCCUGGAGGAUGGCCUGGACUGGUCCUUCUGGCUGGGCGUGGGGAGCAUCGGGACUCACUUCGCUGUCUGCGGAGUGGUCGCCAUGAGUCGGAUCAAGCUGCCAAAGCCAGAGAUCAAGAAACCGGAGGAGCCCACCAUCUCUGCUCUGGACCUGCUCUACUGAAGAACCAAACACGGAGCAUCGUGUCAGCACUUAUGAUGUUUUCCAUGUGGAAACAAACACUGUGCCAGAGACAAAUGGCUACAAUCAUAAAGUUACGGCUGUGUAGCCUCAAACAUUACAGAAGCUGCCGGC